AUGCAUCGCUAUAUUUAUGCCUUCACACACUUCAUCGCUAUCAUAGCGGUUGUCCGUUGUUACGGACCCAACUACUAUUGUACACCUAGCCUCUGUCCGCACGGUGGACCGAACGUUGGCUGCAAUCCACCACCUCUUUCCGGUGGACCUUCGUGCUAUGGAAAAUCGCCCAGCGUCGUACUGAUGACACCCACCGUCCAGGCACACAUCCUGCACCUGCACAAUUACUACCGAUCGCGGGUCGCUUCCGGCUAUCAGUUUCCACUCGGCUCAGCCGCACGCAUGUACACGAUGGUUUGGGACGACGAGCUGGCAGCACAGGCGGCCAACAAUGCACGGUCGUGUGUGUUUGCCCACGAUCGGUGUCGCAAUACGUCACAAUUUCUCACCUCCGGCCAGAACCUGUCACUGAUCAAGUUCUACGAACCAAUGGCGUACACCGUGACCGAUUUGAUAACACGUUUCGUUGCCGGUUGGUGGAAAGAGUACAAAUACACGAAACCGGCCUACAUUCAGGCGUUUCCACGAUCGCAGGUUAAAAGCAUCGGCCACUUCACAAUGCUGGUGAACGAUCGCACCUGGAAGGUAGGGUGUGCGAUGCAAAGCUGGAGCGAAGGCAGUGCAACGAAGGUGUACUUCGUGUGCAACUACUCGUACAACAACAUCAUUAGCCAGCAGGUGUACACAGUGGGUCGGGCUGGUUCGGAGUGUCAAGCGGGCAUGAAUCCGAACUAUCCCGGGCUUUGCAGGACGUGA